AUGCCUCGUCCACAACGCCCGCACCGUGUCUGGAUCGUCGAAGAUGUCAUCUGUGACGUCAUGUCCUACUGUGCCCCUCGAGACAUCUGCAAUCUUGGAAUGACGUGCCAUUGCCUCUUCCAAAUAUACCUCGACGUUGUUUUUGGCGAGCUAGACUCAUUGGGCCCACUCUAUGGCGUGUUGCCGGAUCCCUCUCUGUCUCCGGCGGCCCCAACUGGGUUAAGGUCCCUUAUCUCUCGUAGCCAUGCGAGCAAGAAAGCGCACAAUCCGAAAACCCACUCGGUUGGCCGUAUCACGAUGUACACCGCCCGCGUACGUUCCCUCACCAUUGGCCAAGGUGGAGAGGAUGACGCGCACCGUAUCAAUAACCUGCGAUCGAUUCUCGGUCCUCUGCCAUUGCAGACCUGUUUCCCACAGCUGCAGUCAUUGCGCAUCAUUGCCGACGAUCCGAGAACCGUUGCGAAUUCGAUCCCGUUGGCGCUACCGAUGCUGCGUUCGUUCGCGCUGAUCAUCAAUUUCGAAGACCGGAAACUCGAUCUCUCCGUGAAAGAUUCAUAUGAGAGCAGUGGUUUACCGGUAUACUUCCGACAUCUUCGCUCCCUGUCGAGGUUGGACAGUCUCACGAUUACAUGCGCAAACACCAGCAGACGCCCCGUGAGUGAGGUCGAGGCACAUGGUCUGCUGUAUCUUACGCGGCAAUUCCCCCGACUCUCCACGCUUGACAUCUCUAACCUCAUCCUGACCGAUACACUCGUCCACAACCUAUCGAAGUUGCCUAUGCUCGAACGACUUUUUGUUUGCCUUCCAAAUGGAAAAGAGUCGGUGUUAACGCCGGGCCCCCUUGCUUUCUCAAAUCUGCAUCACUUGACAAUCAACUGUGAUGCGACCGAGCUCUCCUGGUUCAUGCAUGGCCUGCAAGCGCCACACCUCGCAUCCCUUCAACUACAUGCUGGAUGUAGAGCGUUAUGCCCCCAAACUGCGCCGAAAUUCAGCGAGCUUGUGGGAGCGAAAUUCCGCAACCUGCGAGUGUUCGGUUUGCACGUAUGGUCUGAGGACGGCUCCGAUACGUGCUGGACUUUCGCAUCUUUUCAUGGUAUGCUGAGGUGUCGCGCAAUGGAAUGUUUUGGAGUUAUGCUACCGUCUCUGGUCAUUGCCACAGACGAAGACGUACAACUUAUUGUCAAGGCGUGGCCCCGACUGCGGGAUCUUCAACUCGGACACUCGCAGGUUACGAGCGACUUUGAACGUCCUUCGCCUGGCAGUACUUCCCUCUUUAUCCAAGGACCGGGCUGCGUCGCUUUUACGAAUGCCAAGCUCCCCCUCACGGUUGCAGGAGUUAUGCUUGCACGACCUUCCAACGACGAGACCAUCCUCAACUUUCAUCGACGGAAUUGCUCAUGUUAUCCAUCAUUUAUUCCCUCAAAUCCGGUCAUUCACCUGCACCUACCGUAA